AUGCCAGCAGCCGAAGAAGAACUCUCGGCCCUCAGGGAGCAUGUUGCAGACCUGGACAGCGAGCUCCUGCAGCGCGAUGCAGCCAUCGAUACCCUGCAGAGAACCCUGCGUGAGACGCAGGACACAUUGCAAAAGGCACUUGUCUCGCCUCAAGAGGGAGGCCUGUGGAAAGAUCGCUACCACGAGGCUCAGAAGCAAAACGAGAGCCGGACGCGAGAAGUCAAGGAACUGAGCUUAAAGCUAGACACCAAAGAGAAAGAGGUCAAGCUUCUGAGUCAGUACGUCCGGAAGCUGGAGGAGGAGGCAAGGAUCAGGGACAGUCAGCGCGAGCGGCUUCUGACCGAUGCCGGCAUUGCCCGCAGCAAGUUCAAGCAGACGGAGUCCGACCAAAAGCAGUUGGUGUCCAGACUUCACAGCCUGGAAGAUAGCUUUGCUCGCUGCAUUGGGAGGGUGACACAGGCUCUUACUGUAGGCGUCGUUGGCGUUUGCAUCGACGAGGCCCAGCCGCUGCCAAGAUUUGUUGUUCUAAGCCCGCUCCCUGGCGGAAAUGCUAUCCUCGAGAUUUUUGAGGAGCCUGACUCCCACUGGGAACUCGCAGCAGUGGAGCUUUCACCUAUGGGAGUCGGCAAGAAGCCUCCUGUCACGCUUGAUGAGAACGCACUGUCGCUGGUUACGUGUGGCAUCUCUGGUGGUGGUGCCGCGUUCCGAGAGGCCGUGAGCUCGCCAGCCAUCAAGUGCCCUGAUAAGGCAUCCUUCGAGAAGUGGACGUUUGCCUUCCGAAACUUGGGCCUCCUGCCGCAAUACGGCGCUGUCACAUCUGUGCCCAGCUCGCCGCAGGCGGAGGCGCUCCCCAUGUCGCCGAUGUCGCCGGCGCGAGGUGCACGCGUCGUGAUGUCAACAGAGCAUCCUACUGCUCUGGCACAGAAAGACGAUGCUCUAACAGAAACACGGUUGAACAGUCUUUUGGCAGCUGUGGAGGGCAAUGUGCAGGGCGAGCAACGAUUAGAAAAGCGCCUUAUGGCCAGAGCAUGUGCCGUGGUCAUCCGGAUACAUCUGCCCAACGAUGACCGCAAAGAAAAUCUGCUGCUGCUGUGCUAUCUGCGGGCAUAUUAUGUCGUCGCUGCAUGGGAAGAUGGAAUCCACUGGGUAAACAGCCACGGCAGCUGUAUUUAUUUAUAUUGCGACACAGCUGUACUGGGCUUGCGCAUCGCCCUUCGCAUGCAGAGACUUGUCUUUGAAUUUCCUGAGUGGGCAGGAGAUGGUUACAACAAGGACUGCCAGGGCUGUAGCACGCUCUGUUCCGUCUCUGUUGGGAUGGAGAUGGGCCACCUACUGCCCAUGCGAGGGGACUUCUUUGGAGAGGCUGUUGAUGCGGCCAUGCAGAUGGAAGAGCUGGCCUCGCCUGGUGAGCUAUUCGUCACUGCGCCAUUGUUGAUUUUGCUUCUUACCCACCACCGAAUAAAGCACAGGGAAUGUCUGUUAGUCACCGCUGAGUUUGUCCAGGGCCCUGGGAGAGUGCAACCUGCUUAG